GUUCACUAGUUUUAGCCACAACUAAAAAGAAUGGAUGACGAUAAGUUAAUCGAAGAAGCCGCUUCUCAAGAGAUGAGCAAACCUAAUGAAAAUAUCGUGGACCCUGCAGCCGAAGACAUUUCUGAGGAUGAUCAGGUUAUUUAUGAGAUACCCCAGUCAGUGCUUUCAUGUUCUCAACUGGGGAGAGACAGAUUCAAUUCCAUUGAACGCCUGCUUAUGGAACAUCCUGAGGACAAAAGUAGCGCAAAAGAUGACAUACGUGGAGUGACUCCAAAUAAUUGUGACGACUUUUUAAAGGAGCUGGCUUCUGAGUGUGGGGAAGAUCUCAUCACAUUAAAAAAACGAAUCAUAUCUGAAAUUGAAGAAGAGGAAUCUUCAGAAGUCACAUGGACUGCAUCCAAUGAAAUUACAACUGAGCUCAUACCACACAAUGAUGAAGAUUCUGAUGAGUACUUAGAAACUGAGCGGCAGUUCAGGGCUGAACUGAUGAAUUUGGAGAGAAGGUUGAAAGCAGAGGAGGAAAAGAGGAUGGCCAAGGGCAAAGUGAUGAAAGAGCGUUUUCUGAAAGCACGCAAAGAAGAGGAGGAGAGGAGGCUGCGUAGACAACAGUUUUUUGAAGAAGAGCUUAAAAGAAUAGAAUAUGAUAACCUGGUUCAUCAGCACCUUGAACUGGAUUCCGAAGACAGUAAAAUAAAUGGCAGAAUAUCCAAGGAAUUAUCAAAACAGCAGGAGCUGAUUACAGGCCUGCAGAUGCACAUGGUGGAGGAGAGGCACGCCUUCGAACAGGUGCAGGCCGAACAGAGGAGCACGGCCGAGGAGAAGCAGUGCAGAGCCGCCACCAAAAUCCAGGCCAGCAUCCGAGCAUUCCUGGUGCGCACCAAAAACGCUGUGCUGCUGAACGAGAGGAGGGAAGAGCGGAGGCAGAAGAAAGAGUCUCAGUUGCGACUGGAGAGGGAGAGGAAAGAGAAGGAGAACAGAAUCAGGGAAAAACUAGAGGAGCUGAGGAUCACACGGGAGGAAGAACAGAGGAGAAAGGAAGAGAAGAAAAGAAAAGAGGAAGAGAGGAUCAGAUGGAUGGAAGAAAAGAAAAGGCAAGAUGAAGAGAGGAUCAGACAGGAGGAAGAAAAGAAAAGGCAAGAUGAAGAGAGGAUCAGGCAGGAGGAAGAAAAGAGAAGAGAGGAGGAAGAGAGGAGAAAAAAAGAGGAAGAGGAUCGGCAUGAGCGGGAGAGGGUUAAGGAGGCAGAGGCUCGCCUGGAGAGGGAGCGCAAACAGAAACAGGAGGAGGAAGAGGCCAGGAAGAGGAAGGAAGAAGAAGUUAGGAAGCAGGAAGAACUGGAGAGGCAACGGAGGAUUGAGGAGGAAGAGCGUCAGCAAAGAGAGAUGGAGGAGAGAAAAGCAGAGGAGCUUAGAAAACUAGAGGAGGAAGAGCGAGUAAGGCAUCAGCAGAAAGAAAUGAGCAGUAUGGAGGACAGUGCAGAAGAAGCGCUUAUCCCCAGAGAGAAAGAAAAUCCACACUGUUCAUCAAAAGAGAUGGUUCUCGCUUCAAACUCAAUAUCAUCCUCUACAGAAAUGGAACAAGGCAAAAAACGCCCAAUGAGCAAUGACACGGUUUCCGAAGGUGACCAAUCAGAAGAGGAGCAGUACAAUUGGCGCCUGAAAUGCUUCUAUCGAACCAGCCAGUCCUCGGUCAGCUCCAGCCCUGAUGAAAUCCACGCCUCCGUCAACAGCAGAGAAGGCGUGGAGGCAGGCCAGUGGCAGCGAGAGGCUCGGCCCUUCCUCUGCUCAGACAAAGCUGUCGCUGAUGACCCCGAUAGGCCCAUCUCCUCCCCAUCUGCUUCUCCGUCCGACAGUGCGGACCUGGUGCGGAUGGAAUGGGUGAAGGACUGCACUCCCUGGGCCAAACCCUCCCCGCAGAAUAACAGGAGGCCAGUGCUGAAGACCACGAUUGUGAGGUGGGGCUUUGCAAAGUCAUCUCCAGCCUCAGACUCCAUUAUACAGCCUGCUUCCUGGAACUCACACAAUGAGGAGCUGAUGGCCAGGCAGCCGGGGCAGUCAGCCGAGGACUCAGGACAGGCUGAACAGAGAGGGCUGGCUGACCUCAUAGAGACCAGAGCCAGCCAUCGAGCCUUUCUGUUGUGCAAGAAGAGCACGGCCCUGCAGGACGACAGGAAAGACGAGUGGAGGAAGAAAAAGGAGCAGCAUCUUCAGAUGGAAAAAGAGAGGGAGGAGAAAGAGGAGAGGGCCAGGAUGAAAGCGUUGGAACAGAGGAGGGUGGAAGAGGAGAGGGCCAGGAUGACUGCGUUGGAAGAGAGGAGGAGGAAAGAGGAAGAGGAGAGGGCCAGGAUGAAAAUGUUGGAACAGAGAAGGAGGAAAGAGGAAGAGGAGAGGGCCAGGAUGAAAGUGUUGGAACAGAGGAGGAGAAAAGAAGAAGAGGAGAGGCAGCUGAGGGAGACAGAGGAGAGGGAAGCGAAGGAACUCAGAGAAGAAGAAGAAGAGAGGAGGAGAGAGGAGAGUCACAAGGAGAAGGCAGAAGCGGUCCCUGAGGCUCAACCAACUCCACUGUGCUUAGAGGUGAAAGGUGAAGAAGAGGCAGCUCCGGAGUCAGACCGACCGGCCAGCUCUGCAGACCCGACACAAGCUCAGGGCAGCCAAGCGGCCAUCACAGAGGCAGUCACAGAGCCUUCUGAGGCUGAGGGUCACACGCCCUGUUCCAGCCUGAUGUGUCUGCCCGACAGCAUCGAGCAGAAGAGGCUGGCCUGGAUGAAGGACUGCGUCCCCUGGAGCAAACUCUCCCUGCAGAAUAAGAGGAAGCAGGUGGUGCAGGCCAAGAGCAUGAGGAGGGGCUCGGUGAAGGCUCUUCCUCCACUGAGUGCGGACAUUGUUCUGCAGAGUGCUGCCUGGAACUCUCUCAAACAGGUCACCACGGUCACACUUGAGGACCUACCCGGCUGUAGCCUGUCUACACUGUCUGAGUGCACAAAACUGCAGGCCUUAACCAUGCGACGGUGUGGGCUGGUGGCCUUGGAGGGUCUCAGUGGGUGCAGGGGUCUCAAAUACAUCGACCUUCAGGAAAACGAGAUCAAGUUUGUGAACUGCAAGGAUCUGACCAAGCUUCGGGUCCUUCUUCUGAGUCAGAACCAGCUGACGUCCAUCCACGGCCUGGAAGAUGCCGUGAACCUGGACGUUCUGGAGCUGUCCCAUAACCGCAUCUCCCGGCUCAGUGGGUUAGGGUCUCAGAAGAGACUUCAGAGAUUAUUGAUCGACCACAACCAGCUGAUCAGUACCAGAGGACUGAGCGAGUUGUACACUGUCUUGUACCUGGAUUGUGGGUAUAACCACCUCAAUAGCAUGGGCGACAUCGAAAACUGUGCUCUCCUCAGCACCCUGAGACUACAAGGCAACAAUCUCACAGAGCCACCGAGUUUGAAGAACCACGUCCUGAUGAAGGAGUUGUAUCUGGAUGACAACACUGUCUCGUCUCUGGAUGGCCUUUCAGCCUGCUGGCUCCCUCUUCUGCAGCUCAUCUCUGCAUCGAAGAACAGCAUUACCCAUCUGCCUCCUCUCUCCCACUGUGUGUCUCUGCAAAAGCUGGAUUUUAGCCACAACUGCCUCUCAGAACUGGCUAAUGUUCGUCACAGCCUUGAGGGAUGUUCACAGCUCCAAGAGAUGAGCCUUUCUGGAAACCCCUUUCAACAGGAGAACAACUGGAGGUCCUCUUUGCUUCAGACGGUGCCAGGCUUGCGGAGGAUUAAUGGGGAGUGGAUCCGCUCUAUAGCGCCUCCCUCAGGCAGGGCAGGCAGUCCGCCCCCGGGGAGCUUCCUGGGCUUCUGCCGUGCCCAGCUCCAGCAGCUGGAGAGGGUGCAGAGGAGGCACGAGGCCCAGCUGAGCGCCCCCUGCCCCUCGGAUGUCUCGACGGUCAUCAGCCAGCACUGUGAGGAGCUGCUGGGGUUGGCGGAGGAGCAGCGGUACGCUCACGAGUUUGGGGAGCUGACGGUGGCGGACAGAACCGCGCCGGUCCCGUCCAGUCGCUCUCCGGCCCAGGACGGGCAUCCUGCUCACGCUGUGGAGGAGAGCAGCCAGGACACUGCCAGUGGCGCCCCCUGCAGCCAGGAGGCUGAAGGGAACGGCCAGACUUCCAGCUCGGGUCCGGAAACUUCCGCCAGCACCAGUGGGGAGGAUGCUGGAAGUCAAAGUGCUGUUGUGACCAGAGAUCGCUCUACCAACCUGCUACAAAACCACCCCAAAAAUAAACCAAGCAAGAAACCCUCUCAAAAGUUUGACCUUAAAAACAUGGCAGCUGCGGUCAUUCAGAGCUUCUGGAGAGGUCACCGAAAUCGCAGGGUUGCUCUCCCGCGCGGCGUUCGGCGGGUUGCCGUGGGAGACGGCGUCGCCGGGGGAAACAGCGUCGCUGUGGAGCGUGUUUCGAGGGCGGCGCAUCUGGAUCAGUGCCGGGCGGCCACUGUCAUUCAGGCUGUGUGGAAGGGCUACGCUCUGCGGAGCAGGCUGGCUUCCGCGCUGGCGGCGGUUCGAGUGGGUGAGACGGAUGAGGAAUUCGCCGAAGUGGACGUGGAUGAAUUUGCAUUUGACGAGGCUGCGUUGGACAAGGACUGGAUAACCCUGGAUUCCGGGCCCCAGCCUUCCACAAUACGGCCAAAGCCCCCAGCACACCCGUCUACACUGCGGACCGGUCCCUCUGCGCUGGCCUGGCAGCCCAGACAGGCGUGGCUGGGAGGGGAGAGCGAGAGAGCUGCUCUCUCUGGACGCCGCAGCACCUCACCGGAAAUACUGGAACUCACGCACAGAACAAAGUCACCAUUGGCAUGUGUGCUUGGACCACCAAAAGAGAAAUCUGAGAAAAUAAUGAAGGAGUGGGGACUAAGGGACAGGUACACAGCCCAGCUCAUGUUGAAAAGAGCACAGAAAAUGAGACCUAAGAAGAGGAAGGAGAAGAGGCCAGGGGAUCCAGUUGCGUAUCUGGAUUUAUUCAGGAGCGGCGAAAAUAAACAGGCCCCCGUCAAGGCACCCAAGAGGAACCAACCUGAGAAAACUCUGCCCUUCAAAGAUUGUCUUGCAGCUGGCGAGGAGGAUUUUGAUGAGCGGAGGAGGAUCAGCAGCGAAUGGACCGACUUCUGGCUGCAGACACAUGCCAAUAACCUCGAUACUGACAGGACCUCCCCAACCAUGGAGAGUGAACAUUUCCUGCCGGAGAUUGACGUUGACAUUCUGAAUGGACGGAGAGUUCAGCUCGUGAGUGUGUCUGCUCUCCCCCGCUGCUGCCAGGCCGGCCAGGGCCAGCGAGACGGGCCCGAUCAAGAGAGCGAGUCCCGGGCCAGCGUCGCUGCUUUGUCUCCGCCCCGCAAAGAACACAAUCAACCGCGGGCCGACACAGUGGGACACGCAAAGAGAGAGGCACCUGCUCCAGUGCCAGCCAGCUCUGGUCCGUCCAAAAAAGAGCGCAUGUCCUUCCGUGACAACCCCGUACAGCUCAGCCUGGGGUGGGGAGGAGGGAAGAAGAGGUCCCAACUGAGAAAGUAAUGUUUAUCAGAGAGCAGAGACUUUCAUUGUGUGUGUGUAUACAUAUGAUAUUAGUGCCAUUUUGUGUGUGAAAUGUACAUUGUUUUCAAAAAGAUUAAAUUAAUUCAACUUUUUUAAAGUUCAAACGUUUGAUGAAACUUUUUCAUAUUUAAUUUAAGAAAAAUGCUUAACAUUUUAAUCAAAAAUUCAAAAAGUCAAUUUGAGUAGUAUACUGUCUUACAAUGAAAAUUUGUCCGUUUGGAAAUUAUUUAAUUUUAUUUAUGUUGUGGCUUGGGAUGAAAUCUGUGAAUGCAUAAUAACAAAUAGUAGUGGGUUAAAUCAUAAUAAUUUAAUUACCAGAAUAUCUAACAUAUACCGCCAAACACAGAGAUUCAUGGAUUGAUUUUUCUUUACCAUGACCAAAGUGCUACAGUUAAUAUGGACAACAUGACUCUUCUAUGCUUCAGUAUCAUUAGUCUAUUAUUGCUACUUGUAUACCUAUAAUACCAGUGUAUUCAUUCCAAUAUUACUCAAUAUUGUCUAUGUAGUGUUGAGUGAACUCAAACUAAACUGAGAAAACUGAUCAAGCACAUUCAAUUUUGUACACUUUUAAUAUAUAUACUUUGUUAGAGUUUAACUAAUUUUGUUGGAGUGGAUUUAAUAGGGUACAUUUUGCUGUGUAUAUACUAAACAAUAGAAAGGGAUGGCUGUGUAAAUACUAUACAAUAGAAAGGGAUGGUUCUGACCAAUGUUUCUGAACCAGAUGAAUCACUUAUAGGGCUCAGAAUACAAGAAUAGAGGA